CCAAUAGGUUUGCCUACCGCUUAAGCUCAUCCUCUGUGGGAGCCAAUGGGCGGGUUAGGGAGGCCGUUCUUCCCCAAGCUCGGUUGGCCCUGCUCCUCCUUCCCCUCGCUAGCAGCUGCGCUUAGCCCGGGACUGGACCGAGUUAGAGUUGAGGCGGCGGAGGAGUAGCGCGGAGUGCGUGUGAUCGGGGGGAGGGGGAGACCCGAGCCUGUGAGCGGUGGGGAGCUGGGCUCCAGCCCAGUUUGGUGCAGCCUUGGCAGAGACCAGAAAGGAGAGGAGCUCCAUUGACAUUUCAACCAAGGGCAUCAAGUUAAUUGGUAUAAGAGGAAUAGACCCUAUACUGGAGCACUUGGGAUCAACUUACUAAGGUAAACAGGCUGCAGUGGAUUUCUGGAUGGCUUAUCUGGAAUGGACAGAAGUUCUCUGGGAGGAUUAGAACUGUCUGAACAUACUUCUGCUUUACUAGGAACUACUGCCAUGGCAACUGGUCUUGCAAAUAUAGGAAAUUCUUUUGGAGGGCCGCCUAAUACUCUAGUUUCUAGAACUAAUAAGUUCCAAAACUCAUCUAUAGAAGAUGAUGAUGAUGUUGUUUUUAUUGAACCUAUACAACCUCCACAGACUUCUACAUCACUGAUAUCAGAUCAGAGAAGCAUCGCAUUUAUUUCAUCAAAAAGCGAUGAGCUUCAGGGAAAUGAUUCCAAAAUGCUUCCUCCUUCAAAAGACUUAAGUUCUCAAAAGGGAAGUAUAAGUGAGACUAUUAUUAUUGAUGAUGAAGAAGAUAUUGAAACAAAUCAAGGACAAGAGAAGAAUGCUUCCAGUUUUAAUGAGCGAAGACUUCCAGAGUGUAAAAAUAGAUCCAGCGAUAUGGAAUUCUCAGCUUCCAGUUUUUCAAGAAGUAAGGUAAAUGCAGGAAUAGGUAAUAGUGGUAUAACCACAGAACCAGACUCUGAAAUUCAGAUUGCUAAUGUUACCACAUUAGAAACAGGUAUGAGCUCUGUGAAUGAUGGUCAUUUAGAAAAUACUGAAGGGCGUGACAUGAACUUAAUGAUUACACAUGUAACAUCACUGCAGAAUACCAACUUGGGAGAUGUGUCUAACGGACUGCAGUCAAGUAAUUUUGGUGUUAAUAUACAAACAUACACCCCAUCUUUAACUUCACAGACCAAGACUGGUGUAGGACCUUUCAAUCCUGGUAGAAUGAAUGUGGCUGGAGAUGUGUUUCAAAAUGGAGAAUCUGUGACUCAUCACAGUCCAGAUUCCUGGAUAUCCCAGUCAGCUUCAUUCCCUAGAAACCAGAAACAACCAGGUGUGGAUUCCUUGUCACCAGUGGCCUCACUUCCUAAACAGAUUUUUCAGCCGUCUGCACAUCAACAACCUUCUAAACAGGUUAAAGUCACAUGUGCAAAUUGCAAAAAGCCCUUGCAGAAGGGACAGACUGCAUAUCAGCGCAAAGGAUCAGCUCACCUGUUUUGUUCCACUGCCUGCCUUUCAUCAUUCUCGCAUAAACCUGCUCCAAAGAAACUCUGUGUUAUGUGCAAAAAAGAUAUAACAACAAUGAAAGGCACCAUUGUUGCUCAAGUUGAUUCCAGUGAGUCUUUCCAGGAGUUUUGCAGUACAUCAUGUUUGUCCUUCUAUGAAGACAAGCAUAAUCCUUCAAAAGGAAUCUUGAAUAAGUCAAGAUGCACUAUCUGUGGUAAACUAACUGAGAUUCGCCAUGAAGUUAGCUUUAAGAACAUGACUCAUAAGCUGUGUAGUGACCACUGCUUCAAUAGAUACAGAAUGGCGAAGGGUUUAAUAAUGAAUUGCUGUGAGCAUUGUGGGGAGUACUUGCCCAGUAAAGGAGCUGGAAACAAUAUCCUUACGAUUGACGGUCAGCAGAAAAGAUUCUGCUGCCAAAACUGCGUUGGUGAAUAUAAACAGCCAAGCCAUCCUUCCCUGCCAAAAGAAAUGUUCUGGAUCUUUUAUGUAACACAGGAAGAUUCUAAUGAGAAAUAUGGCAAAUUAACAACUUGUACUGGUUGCAGAGCUCAGUGCAGGUUUUUUGAAAUGACUCAGUGCAUAGGACCUAAUGGAUAUAUGGAGCCAUACUGCUCAACUGCAUGCAUGAACACACACAAAUCAAAAUAUGCAAAAUCACAAAGUAUGGGAAUUAUUUGCCACUUUUGUAAACGAAACUCUUUACCUCAAUAUCAAGCCACAAUGCCUGAUGGAAAACUGUACAACUUUUGCAGUUCCAGUUGUGUAGCUAAAUUUCAGACUCUUAGUGUGCAGUCUUCAACCAAUGGUCAGUUUGUGUCUCCAAGUGACAUUCAGCUGAAAUGCAAUUAUUGCAAAAGUUCUUUUUGUUCAAAGCCAGAAGUACUGGAGUGGGAGAACAAAGUAUACCAGUUCUGCAGCAGAACUUGUUCUGAUGAUUAUAAGAAACUGCACUGCAUAGUUACAUACUGUGAAUACUGCCAAGAGGAGAAAACACUGCACGAAAUGGUGAAUUUCUCUGGUAUCAAAAGACCAUUCUGUAGUGAAGGAUGCAAGCUGCUAUAUAAACAAGAUUUUGCAAGACGGUUAGGAUUGAGAUGUGUUACUUGUAAUUACUGCUCACAGCUCUGUAAAAAGGGAGCUACUAAGGAACUUGAUGGUGUAAUAAGAGAUUUCUGCAGUGAAGAGUGCUGUAAAAAAUUUCAAGACUGGUACUUCAAGGCUGCCAGGUGUGACUGUUGUAAGUCUCAAGGAACUCUCAAAGAGAAAGUGCAGUGGCGUGGAGAAAUGAAACAUUUCUGUGAUCAGCACUGCUUACUGCGUUUCUACUGUCAACAAAAUGAACCUAAUAUGGCAACACAAAAAGGACCUGAAAAUUUGCAUUAUGAUCAGGGUUGUCAAAUUUCCCGAACAAAAAUGACAGGUUCAGUGCCACCCCCUUCUCCAACACUUAACAAAGAGAUGAAGAACAAGGCAAUUCUUUGCAAACCUUUGACAAUGACAAAAGCUACAUACUGUAAACCUCACAUGCAGACAAAAUGUUGUCAGACAGAAGAUGACUGGAAGAAAGAAUAUGUCCCAGUUCCUGUUCCUGUACCUGUUUAUGUUCCAGUGCCUAUGCACAUGUAUAGUCAAAAUGUUCCUGUUCCGGCAGUGGUUCCUGUUCCAGUGCCAGUUCCAGUUUUUCUGCCCACUACUCUGGAUAGCAAUGAGAAGAUCCUUGCAGCAAUAGAAGAGCUGAGGGGUAAAGUUCCUUCAAAUCCUCUGGAGGCUGAGCUACUGACUAUAGCUGAGAUGAUGCCUGAAGAUGAUGGAAAAACAGAGACUACGGAGCUGAACAGUGUAAUAAUUGAAACAGACUUGCUAAACUCUGGUACAGAGAUGCAGACAAGCUUGCCUGAUAUUCCGUAUGAACCAGAUCUCGAUAUUGAAAUUGAUUUUCCAAGAGCGGCUGAGGAGCUUGAUACAGAAAAUGAAUUUUUGCUGCCUCCUGUCUUUGGGGAAGAAUAUGAGGAACAGCCAAGACCUCGAUCCAAAAAGAAGGGAGUGAAGAGAAAAGCAGUGUCAGAAUACCAGUCUCAUGAUGAUAGCUCUGAGAAUUCAGAGUGUAGUUUUCCUUUCAAAUAUGCAUAUGGUGUAAAUGCGUGGAAACACUGGGUAAAAACUAGGAGUCUAGAUGAAGAUCUGCCAGUAUUAGAGGAACUGAAAUCAACAAAGUCUGUGAAAUUAAAGGAAGAUCUGCUAUCGCAUACUGUAGCCGAGCUAAACUAUGGCUUGGCACGUUUUGUCAAUGAAAUUCGAAGACCGAAUGGAGAGAACUAUACACCUGACAGCAUCUAUUAUCUUUGUCUUGGGAUUCAGGAGUACUUGUAUGGAAGCAAUCGAAAAGACAAUAUAUUUAUUAAUCCAAGCUACGAGACAUUUGAGCAGGAAUUAAAUAAAAUCCUUAGAAGUUGGCAACCAAGCAUACUUCCAGAUGGGUCAAUAUUCUCUCGUGUUGAAGAAGAUUAUCUUUGGAGGAUAAAACAGCUAGGAUCACACUCUCCAUUUGCUCUUCUGAAUACACUGUUCUACUUUAACACUAAAUAUUUUGGCCUGAAAACAGUGGAGCAGCACUUAAGACUUUCCUUUGGCACUGUUUUUAGACAGUGGAAAAAAAAUCCUCGAACAAUGGACAGCAAAGCUUGUCUUCGAUAUCAAGUUUCUUCCCUAUGUGGAGCUGAUAGUGAAGAUAAAAUUACUACUGGAAAAAGGAAACAUGAAGAUGAUGAGCCAGUGUUUGAACAAAUUGAAAACACGUCAAAUCCUGCUAGAUGUCCCGUGAAAAUGUUUGAGUGCUAUCUGUCUAAGAGCCCACAGAAUCUUAAUCAGAGAAUGGAUGUGUUCUAUUUACAACCGGAAUGCUCUGUUUCCUCGGAUAGCCCUGUCUGGUAUACUUCCACUUCACUGGACCGUAACACUUUGGAACACAUGCUCGUACGGGUUCUUUUAGUAAAAGAUAUUUAUGAUAAAGACAAUUAUGAACUGGAUGAAGAUAUAGAUUAAAACAAACUUCCAAAAGCUGUCAGGAAAAACAAAACAGCAUUAGAUAGUCAUGCUGCUAGACCUUUAUUAUGGAAACCAUUUCAAGUUUACUCUUUGUUUUGAGUUUUGUAGCAGUGUACCCUGACCUGGGUAUUACCAUGUAAAUAAUCCGUGAGUGAAAGUUGCCAUUAUCCUCCUACGUAGUGGUUUUAGGAUACUUAACAAACACAUUCAAAUUCUUUUUUUUUAUUAUUAUUUAUUUGAUUAGGUAUGUUUGUAACUUUUUACAUUGCGAAAUAUCAGUGAGAAUGUGCCAUGUGUAAUUUUUUUUCUUGUAGUAAGAAACAUCCAUAUUGCACAACUCUACUGUUGCAAGCUUCCUUGAAAGGAGGCUCUUUUACUGGGUUCUUCAACCAGAUGGUUGUGUAUGGGUAGCACUACUAAAGUUUAGAACUUUGCUGUGUCUUUCAGAAUUUUUAAAUAAAUUGUAAACUAAUAGGUUUUUUACUUUUUAGUUACUGAAGCCUUAUAAGGUUAUGUAGAGAGAUUCCAUCUUAUGUACCAAAAAUAGACAAAAGAGAAUGCUGUCAAUAUUGGUGUACUGUAAUGUGAAUCUAUACUGGUGAAAACAACUUUUUUGUUGCCCUUAUUAAAACCUUUAAUGUCCUUUC